AUCCUAGUACAACUGUUAGCGGAAGAACCUUGUACAGUUGCUUUUACUUUUUUGAUACGUCACCUAUAAGGCUUCCAAAAGGAGAACAUUGAACGCCAGUGAAAGGCAUCAGCAAUUAGUAGAGAGAAACUACAACAAAAGGUUGCAGGUGGAGGCACUAAAAAAGAUAGAGAAUCAAAUCAGGAACCAAAUCGUGCAGAAUGAAAACGAUGACCGUGCUGAGCGCAAAAGAUUACUCAGAUUAUUACAGAAUGAACAGUUUGAAUUGGAUAUGGAAGAGGCCAUUCAAAAGGCAGAAGAAAACAAAAGACUAAAGGAACGCCAGCUUCAACAGGAAGAAAAGCUGGCUGCGGAACUGGCCAAACUAAACCACGAAAGCCUAAAGGAUGAAAAGAUGAGGCAACAAGUAAAAGAAAACAGUAUUGAGAUCAGAGAAUUGGAGAAGAAAUUGAAAGCAGCUUACAUGAAUAAAGAAAGGGCAGCUCAGAUUGCUGAAAAGGAUGCCAUUAAAUAUGAACAAAUGAAACGUGAUGCUGAAAUAGCCAAAACUAUGAUGGAAGAACAGGAGAGAGCGAUGAAGGAAGAGAAUGCCGCGGAAGAGAGGCGCAGUCAGGUGAAAGCGCAGUACUACCUUGACUUGGAGAAACAGCUUGAGGAGCAAGAGAGGAAGAAGCAGGAAGCUUACGAGGAGCUGCUGAAGGAGAAACUCAUGAUUGAUGAAAUCGUUAGGAAAAUCUAUGAAGAAGAUCAACUAGAAACACAACAAAAGUUAGAAAAAAUGAAUGCAACUCGAAGGUACAUAGAAGAGUUUCAGAAAGAGCAGGCUCUAUGGAGAAAAAAGAAACGUGAGGAAAUGGAAGAAGAAAACAGAAAAAUCAUCGAGUUUGCCAACUUGCAGCAACAAAGAGAAAAGGCGCGGAUGGCAAGAGUUCAAGACAAUGAAGAAAAAAGGCUACAGCUUCAGAAUAUGCUGACUGAGAAAUUGGAAGAAAUGCUGCGGCAACGUGAAGAUUUGGAACAAGUGCGACAAGAAUUAUAUCAGGAAGAACAAGCUGAAAUACAUAAGAAGAAACUAAAAGAAGAAGCAGAAGAGAAAUUGAGAAAACAAAAGGAGUUGAAGCAAAAUUUUAUAGAACAAAUGGCCUUGAAGGAACUGGUACUACAGGCUGCAAAAGAGGAAGAGGAGGCCUUUAGACAAGCUCUGUUAAGGAAGCUCGCUGAGGAUGACCGGAUAGAGUUAAUGAAUGCGCAGAAGCAAAGGAUGAAGCAGCUAGAGCACAGGAGGGCCGUGGAAAAACUUAUUGAAGAGCGCCGCAAUCAGUUCCUUGCAGACAAACAACAUGAACUGGAAGAAUGGCAGUUGCAGCAAAGAAGACAAGGAUGUAUUAAUGCAAUUAUUGAAGAAGAAAGACUGAAACUUCUCAAAGAACAUGCUACAAAAUUACUAGGAUAUCUCCCUAAAGGAGUAUUCAGAAAGGAGGAUGACAUUGAGGUGCUUGGUGAAGAGUUUCGGAAAGCCUAUCAGAGGAGGAGUGAAAGCUGUGAAGGAAAGUGAUAAAGGUUUGGUAAAACCUGGAUUCUUUUGUAUGUUACCACUAGAUGUCAGUGUAACUGUUGUUUUACAGUUCAGUGAUAGUAGGAAUCUUGUCUGUUUGGAUUUUCUAAAACAUCUCUAUUUCAUCAUUUGUAAUGGUUAUAAGAAAAAAAUUAUUUUCUGACAAAAAUUAAAAUUACUGAAUACUUUUAACUGCAAAAUUAA